UUUCCUUUUUAAACACAGAAAAACAGUUUACUAGGAAGAUAAAAAGAAUUGAAAAAGAUUCAAAAAAAAAGGAAAGACAAUUCCUAGUAGCACUGGAAGAAGACCCAAAACAUAGUGUUAACCAAUCUACACACACAAACCCUUCCCAUGGUGUUCCACGACUUGCAACCUCUCUCUUUGUUGAACCCACAAAGCUAAGGAACCUCAAAGUCCUAACAUAUAUCUCAAUCUUCAUGUGUUCUUUCAACUUAGAUACAAACAAACAAUGAAGCUUCUUCAUCUUGUUCUUGCUCUUCAAACAGUUCCCAUUUGGUUUUUUCACUUAUGUCUAGUAGUAGUACAUGCCACACAAGAAGACCCGCUUGUUUCUUCACCACCCCCCUCUCCCAUUUCCACUUCCAUGGCUGCCUUCUCUCCAGGGGUUGAAUUGGAAAUGGGAAUCAAAGACCAACAAAAGCACGAGGAGUUACACAAGAAAAUGAUUCUGUUACUCAUUGUUUGUUGUAGCAUUCUUGUUGUUAUCGUCUUUCUUUCUCUGUUUUCUUGUUUCAUUUACUACAGGAAGUCCUGUCAAAAGAAGAAAGCUUCUCAGUGUUCAGAUGUGGAGAAAGGGCUUUCAUUGUCACCAUUUUUUGGCAAACUCAGUUCCUUGAGAAUGGUUAGUAACAAGGGAUCUGUUUCAUUAAUCGAUUAUAAGAUACUAGAGAAAGGAACAAACAAUUUUGAAGAUGAUAAAUUGUUGGGGAGGGGUGGAUUUGGACUUGUAUAUAAGGCUGUAUUGGAAGAUGACUCAAGUAUUGCAGUCAAGAAACUAGACUGUGCAACUGAUGAUGCACAGAGAGAAUUUGAGAAUGAGGUGGGUUUGUUAAGCAAAUUUCAGCAUCCAAAUAUAAUUUCUAUUGUGGGCUAUAGUGUUCAUGAGGAGAUGGGGUUCAUUAUUUAUGAGUUGAUGUCCAAUGGGUCCCUUGAAGAUCUAUUGCAUGGAACUUCUCGCGGAUCUUCAUUAAACUGGCAUUUAAGGUUGAAAAUUGCUCUUGAUACAGCAAGAGGAUUAGAAUAUCUGCACGAGUUCUGCAAGCCAGCAGUGAUCCAUAGAGAUCUGAAAUCAUCUAAUAUACUUUUGGAUGCCAACUUCAAUGCCAAGCUGUCAGAUUUCGGUCUUGCUGUAGCUGAUAGUUCUCAUAACAAGAACAAGCUCAAGCUUUCAGGCACUGUGGGUUAUGUAGCCCCUGAGUAUCUGCUAGAUGGUGAAUUGACAGAUAAGAGUGAUGUCUAUGCUUUUGGAGUUGUGCUUCUGGAGCUUCUAUUAGGAAGAAGGCCUGUAGAAAAACUGGCACCAGCUCAUUGCCAAUCUAUAGUAACAUGGGCCAUGCCUCAGCUUACUAACAGAGCUGUCCUUCCAACCAUUGUGGAUCCUGUGAUCAGAGAUUCAGUAGACGAGAAGUACUUGUUCCAGGUUGCUGCAGUGGCUGUAUUGUGUAUUCAACCAGAGCCGAGUUACCGCCCCCUCAUAACAGAUGUUGUGCACUCUCUUGUCCCACUGGUUCCUCUUGAGCUUGGAGGGACGCUAAGAGUUGCACAACCUACAACUCCUAGAGGUCAUCGACAAGGCUAAGCAUCAGGGAAACUAUUUUCGGAUGCUGCUGCAUCUGCUUUAGUUUGUGUUUGAUGAAUCAUUGAUCCACUGCACUUUCUUAUGUGCAUAUUUUGAUGUAUCAUUUGAUAAUUCAUGUCUUUGGUUAUUUCGGACAAGAAGGUUGAUAUCGAUGCGUUUCAAGAGCAUUAGAAUCUUUACUCUUGUAAAUCGAAGCAAAGUUUAGAGAUCAAGAAAAAUAGCAUCCCAAAUUUGCACCAA